AUGAACAUCGCGCAGCCCGUGGGAUCGUCGCUGGAAAGCGUCGAGUUCACGUUCCUCUCGGCCGACGAGGUCCGGUCGAUUUCUGUCAAGCGGAUUGAAAAUGACAGCACCUUUGACAACCUCCUCAACCCGGUACCCGGAGGUCUAUACGACCCGGCUCUCGGGUCAUGGGGCGACGCCCUGUGCCGGACAUGUAAUUUAAAUCAGGCGCAAUGCCCGGGGCAUCCGGGCCACAUCGAACUUCCCGUCCCAGUGUACCACCCAGUCUUCAUGGACCAAGCCUAUCGCCUGCUCCGAGCCCAGUGCGUCUACUGCCACAGGCUCCGGAUGCCGCGCCACGAAAUCCACAAGUACACCUGCAUCUUCCGUUUGCUGCAGGUCGGCCUGAUCCACGAAGCCGGUAUGAUCGAGUCGUUCAGCGUUAGUGAUCUUGGCGAGCAGCUCAAGAACCUGACCCUCGCCGGCGUUCCCGCCUUUGGGGAAGAUGACGAGGCGGAAGAAGAGGGGGCCGACCUUCACAGUGGCACUAUUCGUGCCAGGGAAGCAUAUGUCCGGCGGGUCCUACGGGAGUACAGGCUCAAGGUCAACAUUGGAGACAUCAGGAAAGGGAAGCAUGAGGGUGCGGCCGAGAUGAGGCGAGCCCUCAUCAAGGAGUUCCUUGCGUUAAUGGUGAAGGAGAAGCGGUGUAGGAGCUGUGAUGGAAUUUCGCCCGUGUACCGCAAGGAUCGCUUCGUCAAGAUCUUUGAGCGCGACCUAAGCGAAAAGGAGAGGGCAGCCAUGGCACAAGCGGGGAGGAAGCGGACGGAUGCCCUCGCGCUAGCAAGAAAGGCCAAGAAGAACCCUCAUUUCACUCCCGAUGAGGGGGUUGCCGAUUUGGACACUUCUGAGGAGGGUUCUUCAGAAGAUGGGGAUAGUGAGGGCGAAGGGGAGGAACUUGACGAGAAUGGCGAUGUGGUAAUGACAGACGGCCCAAAAAAGAACCCGAGGCGCAAGCCAAAAGCUCCAGCGCCCGCACAACGAUACUUGAGCACGAUGGAGGUCCACAAGCGUCUCGAACUCUUAUUCGAGAAAGAGCAAGAGGUCCUUUCCUUACUUUACAACUCGAAACCCCGACCCAGAAGCGCAAAACCCCUUUCUGCCGACAUGUUCUUCAUCUGGGCUCUUCUCGUACCACCAAACCGGUUCCGACCAGAAGCUCGCAUGGGCGAUUCCCAGAUUUCCGAAGCCCAGCAAAAUAGCCUUUACAAGCUAAUCCUCAGGAGUGCGUCUAUGGUGGCGCAGAUUUCACGAGAAAUCAGCAAUCAUGGCAAGGAAGCGGCUAUGGACGAAGGGAGGAGGACAAGGGAUAUGAGCUCGCUAUACCAGGCAUGGACCGAGCUCCAGGAUGCCGUCAAUUCGCUUAUGGAUCGCGACAAGAAUCCAGUCCAGGGCGCGGCCGCCAAGCGGAACGAGGAAGGGAUCAAGCAGAAGCUUGAGAAAAAGGAGGGUCUGUUCCGGAAGAACAUGAUGGGAAAGCGUGUCAACUUCGCCGCCCGCAGUGUCAUCUCGCCCGACCCGAAUAUCGAGACCAACGAAAUUGGUGUACCCCCUGUUUUUGCGAGAAAGCUUACAUACCCCGAGCCGGUGACGAGCCACAACUUCAAGGAUCUUCAGCAAGCCGUUAUUAACGGGGUUGAUAAAUGGCCAGGCGCUGCGGCGAUUGAAAAUGAGAACGGACAGAUUGUCAACCUACGGGCGAAAUCCCUCGAGGACCGCGUGGCUCUCGCCAACCAACUUCUUGCGCCAACCGGGAACAACUUCAGCGGCCAGAGGAACAAGAAGGUCCACCGGCAUUUGACCAACGGCGAUGUGGUCCUGAUGAACCGGCAGCCUACCCUUCACAAGCCAUCCAUCAUGGGCCACCGAGUCCGGGUGCUUCCAGGAGAGAAGACAAUUCGCAUGCACUACGCCAACUGUAACACCUACAACGCCGACUUCGACGGCGACGAGAUGAACAUGCACUUCCCGCAAAACGAAGUCGCCCGUGUCGAGGCGCUCCAGCUCGCGGACACGGAUCACCAGUACAUCUCAGGCACGGCAGGGAACCCUCUGCGUGGUUUGAUUCAGGAUCACUUGUCUGUUUCCGUGGAACUGUGCAACAAGGACGUGUUCCUCGACCGGGGGUCCUACCAGCAGCUCAUCUAUGCCGCCCUGCGUCCAGAAAGCGGGCAUAUCACGGGGGAGAAGAUCGAGCUGGUCCCGCCAGCCAUCAUCAAACCAGCGCCUCGCUGGACAGGCAAGCAGGUUAUUACCACGAUCCUGAAGAACAUCCGGCCCAACAACUGCGGUGAUUUAUGGAUGAACGGAUCGGCCAAGGUCAAGAGUCGCAGCUGGGGCGAAGAUUCCGAGGAAGGACAGGUCAUGUUUCGCGACGGUGAGUUCAUCUGUGGCAUCCUCGAUAAGUCCCAGCUCGGCCCGACCGACGGUGGUUUUGUCCAUGCGGUACACGAGGUCUACGGCCCAUCAAUCGCAGGGAAGCUCCUCAGCAGCAUCGGCCGGUUGCUCACACGGUACCUCGCCAUGGUCGCCUUCACUUGCGGUAUGGAUGAUCUUCGGAUGACGCCAAAGGGCGAGAAGGACCGCAAGCAGACGAUCAAGGCGGCCGCUGAUAUCGGCCUCGAGGUCGCGACCAAGUACGUCUCGCUGGUGAACCAAAAGCCAACUAAGGACGACCCUUUGCUUCUAGAGCGCCUCGAGGAGGUGCUCAGGGACGACAAGAAGCAGGAAGGGCUAGAGCUGCUCACUAGCGCAAAGUGCGCUGAGCUCUCUACGGAAAUCACCAGGCUGUGCCUACCGGCCGGUCUCGAGAAGCAAUUCCCGAAGAACCACAUGCAGUCGAUGACCAUUUCCGGUGCCAAGGGCAGUCCCGUCAAUGCCAACCUGAUUUCCUGCAACCUAGGACAACAGGUGCUAGAAGGUCGCCGUGUGCCCGUCAUGGUGAGCGGCAAGACACUGCCGAGCUUCAAGCCGUACGACACCGACGUGAGGGCAGGCGGCUACAUUGUGCAGCGCUUCUUGACGGGUAUCCGCCCGCAGGAGUAUUACUUCCAUCACAUGGCCGGCCGCGAAGGUCUGAUCGACACGGCCGUCAAGACAUCCCGCUCCGGCUACCUCCAGCGCUGUCUGAUCAAGGGCAUGGAAGGUCUGAGGGUGUCAUACGACUCAUCGGUGCGAGAUUCGGACGGUACAAUUGUGCAGUUCCUAUUUGGCGAGGAUGGCAUCGAUAUCGGCAAACAAAAGUACCUCAAUGACUUUGAGUUUGUGCUCCGCAACCUCGACUCGCAGCUCCCGCAGAUCCGGUACCACGAGGCCGGCACGCAGGCGCUGUUUGAGCACAGGGACGAAGUGAUGAAGCGGAUGAAAGGCGCGAUCCGGUCCACCAAUACCCGCGAACCUCUCGACCCAAUAUCUUCCCAGCUCGACCCUACGGCUUUCGGCUUCGCGACGUCGGAGAAGUUCUACACCAGGAUGGCUGAUUAUGUCAAGGCAAACAAGGACGGCCUAAUCAAGGAGAAAGGGUCGGACAAGCAGCAGGGGCAAAUCAUGCGCAAGACGGCCGAGAAGAUUCUGGCGGCCAAGUACGUCCGGUCGCUGGUUGAGCCAGGUGAGGCGGUCGGCAUCGUGGCCGGCCAGUCGGUGGGCGAGCCGUCGACACAGAUGACGCUAAACACUUUCCAUUUGGCUGGUCACUCGGCCAAGAACGUGACGCUAGGUAUUCCGCGUCUGCGUGAAAUCCUGAUGACGGCCAGUUCCAAGAUCUCGACGCCGUCCAUGACGCUCGUGCUCAAUGAGGAGCUCUCGGAGCAGGAUGGCGAGCAGUUCGCCAAGUCGAUUAGUGUGCUACCGCUCGCACAUGUCACCGAGCGGGCUGUCGUGCGCGAGCGCGUCGGCCGCGGCAUCGGGCAUGCGCUGGCCAAGUCGUUCGAGGUCCGCCUGCGCUUCUUCAAGUCGGCCGAGUACGUCCAGAUGUAUGCCAUCAGCGUCGCUGACGUGCUCAACACGGUGGAGCGCAAAUUCAUCCCGCUGCUCUGCGCGCUGACCCGGAAGGAAAUCAAGAAAAAGCAGAAGGAGAACAGCGCGGCGACGCCCGAAAUUGGCAAGAAGGCGGGCGUGGUGGAGAUGGCACCGGCCAAUGCGAGCCGGGAGCCAGGAGCGGGCGGUGACGACGACGACGAUGACGAAGAUGGCGAUGACGACGCAACCAACGCCAAGCAGCGGGCCAACCGGUCUGAGGCGGUCUCGUACGGCCCCAACGACGACGAGGACGACGAAAUCCAGGACCGGAUACGGCGCGAGACGGACGACGUGGAGGAUGGUGAGGAGGAGCUUGACUUUGUGGACGAGGCGUACGGUGGUAGCCCAGAACCGGAGUCCGGUGACGACGAGCUAGGCGACGGUAAGACCGACGAGCAACGGUCGCGGUCGCGCGAGGCACGGGUCAAGAAUAAGAAUGAGCAGAUUGCCCAGUUCCGGUGCGACGAGGAGGGCGGCGAGUGGGUUGAGUUUACGCUCGAGUUCGACGCGUCGAUCCCUAAGAUCCUCAUGCUCAGCCUGGUGCAGGACGCGGUCAAGAAGUCCGUCAUCCAGCAGAUCCAUCGCAUCGGCACGGCGACCUUCGAGCCCAAGAAGCAGACGGACCCGGCUACAGGCCAGGAGCGCAUCGUCGAGCUGCUCGUGCACACCGACGGCGCCAACCUGCGCGCCAUGCAACAGUACGGCGACUACAUCAACCCGAACCGCAUCUCGACCAAUGAUAUUGCACAGGUACUCGAGGUGUAUGGUGUGGAGGCGUGCCGGAGCAACAUUGUGGCCGAGCUCAGCGCCGUGUUUAGCGGUCACGGUAUUGCGGUCGACCCGCGCCAUCUGAACCUUAUUGCCGACUACAUGACGAGAAACGGCGGCUUCUCAGCCUUCAACCGCAUCGGCCUAACCAGCAACGUCAGCCCCUUUACCAAGAUGAGCUACGAAACUACAGUUGGGUUCCUCAAGGACGCGGUCCUGGACGGCGACUGGGAUAGUCUGGCCACGCCGUCGAGUCGUUUGGUCGUCGGCAAGCUCGGGACCAUGGGCACGGGCUCAUUUGAUGUCCUAACCAAGGUGCCGACUGAGCAUAAGGUUGCUGCCUUCUAA